AUGGCGAAAACGAAGCCCUCAACACGCGCCGGCGAUGCAAAGAAGAAGUCGAAACCUGGCGCCUCGAAAAAGCCAAAAGCUUCCCCCGAGGAGCUCCUUACACAAGCCGCCAUCUUCCUCCAGACUUCGCAGCCAGAGGAAGCCCUCGUCGCGGCAAGAAGGGCUCUCAACAUCCUCCAGCCUACCUCGAAACCCACAACAGCCGCACUGCCUGCGCUCAAUCUCCUCGGCGAGAUCAACGUAGAGCUAGGCGACCCCGAAUCCGCACGCGAAGCUUUCCAAGUCGCCAUACUUCUCGACCCCGAGGGCGCCAACGACGGCGCCGAAAAGUUCCUCUGGCUCGCACAGCUGAAUGAAGACGGCGGAGCUGAGUCUGUGCGGUGGUUUGAGAAAGGCGUGGAGGUGCUGAAGCGCGAGAUCGACGAGCUGGAAGGAAAGCUGGUCAAGAAGGCAGAGGUCGAAGAGCUGCUGGAAGAGAAGAAGCUGAAGAUUGCGAACUCGCUGUGCGGCAUUGCAGAGGUGUACAUGACAGACCUGUCCUGGGAAGCAGAUGCCGAAGCACGGUGCGAAGCCGCCGUCACAGAAGCGCUCAUGGUUGCACCGAACAACCCUGAGCCCUUGCAAACAUUGGCGUCAAUACGGAUUUCUCAGCUGAGGAAGGAGGAUGCACAGGCAGCGUUGACGAGGAGUAUGGACUUGUGGAAGGACCUGGAGCCGGACGACCCUCAUGUCCCUGAUUUCUCCACCAUGAUCAGUCUGUCACGUUUGUUGAUGGAAGCUGAUAUGGAAGACGAUGCCAUUGAGGUUCUCGAAAGAUUGGUCAAUGAAAACGACAGCAGCGUGGAAGCAUGGUAUCUUGGUGGCUGGUGCUUGCACCUGCUCGCUGGCAAGCAAAAAGCAAAGGGUGGGGAGCAUGAGAAGACCGUCACCUCACUACUGAAGGCGAGUCGGGAGUGGCUGGACAACUGCCUCAAGCUGUACGGCAUGCUGGAGUACGAAGACGAGCGACUGAAGGAGCACGCCGAAGAAAUCCUGAAGGAGUUGAAUGAUGUGCUAGGCCCGGCUGUGGAGGGAGAAGAGGAUGAGUGGUCGGACGAGGAGGAUGCUGAGGACGACGAUGAAGAGAUGGAAGGCGCUUGA